AUGUCCGACAAAGAGUACUGGCUCAAGCUGACGAGAUGCGUUUCCCAGAUCCUCGAGAUCCAAACAGGUGGCCUGAGACAACAACUGGCACGAAAUGGACACACUUUUAAAUUCAUGAAUGGCAAAUUCGUUGCGCCAGUUGAGGGGGAACUCGAAGGCGUAGUAGAUGGUCCAUUCUACAACCACUACGACCGCGACAGGUCCCCCGGCGCAACAGUCGCAGAAGCAAUCGAGCACACGAACCGCAUAAUUGCCGAACAAGGACCCUUCGACGCCGUCCUGGGCUUCUCGCAAGGCGCAGCCCUAGCCGCCGCGAUGAUAAUCCACCACGCAAAGUCGAAGCCCGGUGCGCCGCCUCUCUUCCGCGUGGCCGUGUUCCUGUGCGGAGGUGCGCCCUGGGAGGAAACCGGUUUGAUGCUUGUCAAGGCCGAGCCGGAUACUUUCCCGAUUAAUAUCUCCACGGCUAAUGUGGUGGGUAAGCUGGAUUCGAUUUAUGAAAGUAGUAUGGAGCUUUAUAAGCUUUGUGAGCCAUCUAAGGCGAGCUUUUAUGAUCAUGGCUCGAAGCAUAUGGUUCCGUUUGAUGCGAAGAAUACAGACGCUAUGGUGCGGGUCAUUGAGGAGGCGGUUGCUAGGGCUGUGAGGUAUUAA